CCGCGCGAUACCAAACUAUCGUUCGUCUUUCCUUCCUCAACCAUAAACAUACAGAGCGUUAGGCUCAUUCAAGAAACAUGUCCGCACAAAUCUACCCCGUUCAAUCCUACAAACCGGCACCAGCCAUGAGGCGGUUUCCUCUGGCAACUUCAGUCAAUCAGAACCAAGUUCCACAACAACCUCAGACGACACCGAAGAGACCUCAAGAGCAACAAAAACAGAAGCAACCAAAUUCUCCUCCUUUACCUCGACAAAACACCAAGACCGCUCCUCCUUCACCGCCACAGGUCAUUCGGGACAAAAGUGGUCAUCUACAGUUUCAGCGGCUGGGAUUCUUGGGCGAGGGCGGAUUUGCGAGAGUAUACGAAGUCAGAGAUGCUCGUGGCACGAGGGUCGCAUGUAAAGUUGUAACCAAGUCCUCCCUCAAAACCAAGAAGGCGAAAACUAAAUUAUAUGCAGAAAUCAAGAUUCACCGCUCUCUAGAACACCCCAAUAUCGUUCAGUUCCAGGAAUGUUUCGAAGAUGACGAGAAUGUUUACAUGACCCUCGAGUUAUGUACUAGUGGCUCCCUGAUGGAUUUGCUUCGGCGCCGCAAAAGAUUCACAGAACCAGAGGCACGUUUCUUCUCGGUGCAGCUCAUCGGGGCAUGCCAUUAUAUGCAUACACAUCAAGUUAUUCAUCGGGAUCUCAAACUGGGUAACCUAUUCCUGGACGGAAACAUGAACAUCAAAGUGGGCGACUUUGGGCUCGCUGCCCUAAUCGAAAACCCUGGCGAACGCAAGAAGACCAUUUGUGGUACCCCUAAUUAUAUCGCUCCCGAAGUACUGUUUGACACCGCCAAUGGCCAUAGUUUCGAGGUCGAUACUUGGUCUAUAGGAGUGAUUAUCUAUACCCUAGUGAUUGGACGACCCCCAUUCCAGACGAAAGAAGUCAAAGAAAUUUACACACGCAUCCGCGACAACGAUUAUGAAUUUCCUCCCGAACGCCCUAUUUCCGGUCAUGCACAAGCCCUUAUCCAGUCUAUUCUUACCCCACUUCCUCAGGAGCGCCCGGCUCUCCACCAGAUUGUCGAGGAUGCCUUUUUCACCCGAGGAACCUUUCCGCCUUCCAUCCCCAUGUCGGCUCACGACACAGCUCCAAAUUUCCGUCAUAUUACACGAGCCGCUAGCGAACUCAAUCUGAAGCGGGUCCGAAGGCAAGCGUUACUUGAUGAGGGCCAGAUCACCAGCAUUGCCUUGCCAAAGGCAGCGAGCGAUGAGGUUACGUCAACGCACGACCUCGGUGCUCGAAGCGUCAGCACCAGCAUCGCUCAACAGGAGAAGGAGUUCCAGAAAGCGGUUCAGCCAGGAUCACCUAUCUCUGCCCUUCUUAACUCAGCCAAACGACCUUUGCUUAGAAGCAAUGGUCCUGCGGGUAAUCUGAUAAAUGGAGGUGUCAAGGAAUCGCCCUUAUUUAGGAAGCUUCAAGCUGCAUCAACUGUUCCUUCUCCUCUCGGAAAAAGUGUAGCGAGAGCUCGAACGUCAGUCCGUGGCAGUGAAGAGGGUGUGGACCCUCAACCAACGGGGCCGUCAUGGGAAAAGGUGCAGCUCAUGAGGAGGAAGGAGCUAGAAGCGCAGAAGGCUCGGAUCGUAGCUCAGAUGGCACCAGUCCGAGAAGAGGAACGUGAAACUGACGACGAUCUCCAGCCUCCGGAAGUUGUCCAUCCUCUCAAGAAAGAAGUGAAGAGGUCAUCUGCCAGUGUUAAGGAGAAUCGUAUACCUGGCUCGAUUUCUGAGCCGAAAGUCAAGAUGUACGGUUUCGAUGCUGUUACUCACGUUCUUUCUUUGGCGUUCGAUGCCAAGGCUGCUGGCAAGUUGUUCAAGGAUCCUCGCGAGGACCCAUCCCUUCCAUUGCCUGAAGAGAAGGUGUUCAUAGUUUCUUGGGUGGAUUACUGCAACAAAUAUGGCAUGGGUUAUGCGCUGACCGACGGAAGCGUUGGUGUACACUUUAACGACAGCACAAACUGUGUGUUGAGCGCAGAUAAACGACACUUCGAUUUUAUCUCGGCGCGGCAAAAUGGUUCGGUGUAUGUCCGCAAGUCGCAUAGUGCGGACAACUACCCCGGAGACCUUGAGAGCAAGGUUUAUUUGCUGAAGCAUUUCGAGCAAUAUAUUAUGGAUCGCCUCUAUGGCCAGUUUGAUUACACGUUUGAAGACACACAAAAGACGAAAGGAAUGACUUGGGUGCAGAAGUACCUCCGCAUGAAACAUGUCAUUGUAUUCAAGAUGAGUCACGACGUUCUUCAGUUCAAUUUCUACGACCACUCAAAAAUCAUUCUAUCUUCGCAUGGAUUGUCCAUCAUCCAUAUAGACAAAAGCUACCAACUGACGAGAUGGACUCUGGCGAAUAUCAUGAAGAUAGCUCUCCGGGUUGCUGCAUAUCCCGGACGUCAUGGUCUGGACCCCGAUGCUGUCAAAUUCAACCAACGACUCGUUGACAAACUCAAGUACUGCAAGGAAGUACUAGUCAGCAUAAAAGCUGCAAGCAAGGAAGGCGGUGACCCCGCGGCAGAUGAACACGCCCGUAAGGUUAUUGCAGCUGCAGACAGAAAUGUUGUUGCCGAUAGUGACGACCGACGAGGAACGGCGGGUUUACGGUUAAGCACGAGGACCUCAAAGGCUUCAUUGCGGUAGGAUAUUGUUCAUAGUACACAUCGCUACUUCUGUUUGGCUACCAGCUUCCAGCAUUAACUUAAUGGCGAACAACAUCAGGUUGUUCAGUCGAGUUCCUCUUGUGCCCUCUACCUCGCUUUCCUGUCCUUUUUUCACGACCUUUACUUAUUACCACGAUUAUCAUUCAGAACACUCUGGCAUCCAGUUCACCAUCUGUAGCUGCAUAAUACACAGUCCAACCACUUCGGAACUAAGAAUCAGAAAGGCUUUACGCAUCGUUGAUCACAACCGUUCGCAUGUUUGACUAAACCGCUCAACCCGCGUCUGAGCGUCUGCAAGUAUCCAAAGCCCGUCCCUCGAAUAGGCAAUCGCACACUUUUCCCG